AUGGCGAGGCGAGUUGAGCAAGGACUCAGGAUGAGGGAGCUCGUGCAGCUCUUCUGCGAGCCGGGCGAGGAGGACGCCAACUGGCAAAUGUUUGGCGACUGGAUCAACUCCCUCUUCGACGGGGGCCGUCUCCAGAUCCGGCCAGAUGUGCAGUGCCGACACAACGGCGACUCUGGGCUCAAGCCUCAUGAUCGCGUACCCUGCGGUAUUCCUCAAGGUGUGGACAAGAAGGGCGCGGCCAUCCGCUUCAGCACCAUCAAACGCAACGCCAUCGACUUUCUAAGGGCGCCCCGAUCCAGUCGUCGGGCACAAGAGCCCGGCUCUGAUUCUUCCGAGACCUCAAGAACAACCUCAACAAGGAUGCGGGUUGCGCACCUGGCCGUAUUGAAGGCAGCUGCAGACAUCAGCGUCAGGGACCUGGAACUGGCGUACUUCAAGCUCAGGUCGAACGAUUUCAUGGUGCUCCACAACUCGCCAAGCGGAGCUGCGUCAAAGUUGGCAGUAAAUUCAUGUCGACGGCGCCGGGCUACGCUUCGUAAAGAGGUGGAGGCGAAUCUUCCAACGCGUCUCUCUCCUCCUCCACCAUCUGCAUCCACUGCCCGCGUCUCGACUCGGCUCAACGCUCUGCUGGCUGCCAGCAGUGGCGGCUCUCGUCGCACGAUGCAAGUGCGCAAGCGUGCUCGCGCUUCUGCAACGGCGCCCGAACAGCACGGCGGCCGUCCGCACUCGUCGACUCCGCCAUCUCGUCCCGCCAGCUCGGGUUUGCAGUCCCUCUUGAUCUUUUUGGUGGGAUUCCGCAUUCUCAAUGCGCUAAGCACGCGCACCUUCUUCCAGCCCGACGAACACUACCAGACCACCGAGAUCGCACACCGCAUCGUCUUUGGCUACGGAUUCAAGAGCUGGGAGUGGCACGGCGCCAGUCACGCCCUGCCGCGGCCGGCGCAGUCGUAUGCAGGCGCCGCCGUCGAGAAUCUGCUUCACGCGCCCAUCCGUUCCAUCCUACAUCCGCUGCUUUUUGUGCCCGGCUAUGCGCUCCUCCGUCUCGCGCGCCUCGACCACACUCCUCUCCUCGUGGCCCUGCCGCGCUGCCAGCAGGCGCUCGUGGCUGCGUUCGGCGACUUCUAUACCUUCAGACUGGCCCACCGAGUCGGAGGCCCGCGCUUGGCAUGGUUUGCGAUGCUAGUCAGCCUUUCCAACGUCUACACCCUCUUUACGGCUACGCGCACGUUUAGCAACUCGACCGAAGCCGCGCUCACCGCCGCUGCGCUCUUCUACUGGCCCUUUGUGCCCUUUUUCUCGCGCCGCUUCGAUGCUUGGACGUUUUCAAGCCCGCAAGAGCAAGCCCGAUUGCUCGAGCUCCAGGGCCCAGGCUGCGAGUGGCGUCAAAUGCUUUCUGGCACUCCUAGGAAGCAGGAUGCGGGCGUGCCUCUCGACCCAUCCACACGGUCCGAUCGCGACUUGGACGUCAAGCAAGUAUGCCGCCUCAUUUACGAUCGCUCGCUCCGCAAGAGCCUCUGUCUGGCCGCAUUCGCCUGCCUUCUCCGCCCCACCAAUGGCGUCCUGUGGAUCAUACUCGUAUCAGAGCUCUUUGUGCGUCAGCUUCAGUGCCUUCGCUCCCAACCGCCAUCCGAGGCUGCACCUGCAAACGGUGCACGCAAGACACGUACGACUGCGGCCGACAACCAAGACGGGUCGCUCGUGCCGGUGCUAGAGAUCGUCGGCGAGGCUGCCAGUCUGGCCAGCACGGUGGCCAAGAUCGGCUCAAUCACACUGGUGCUGGCCUUGACGGCGGACACGGCCUACGACUACCUCUCGCACCAGCGCAGCCGCCCAGGACCUCCGCUGCCAGCGCUCAGCCUGGUCUCGUUUGUGCACAAGAACGUCGUCGCCAAUUUGAGCCUCUUCUACGGCGCCAAUCCGUGGCACUGGUUCCUCAGCCAGGGACUGCCCGUGCUCUGCAUGGUCUGGCUUCCCGCCACGCUCUUUGGCUUGGUCGAUGCGCUUCAAAGCGAAGCUGCGAGCCUGGGCACAGGCAUCAAGCGCUCGCUCGCACGUCUGGUUCUGCUCACCGUGGCUGCCUACUCGCUGCUCGGUCACAAGGAGUUUCGAUUCCUGCAACCGCUCCUGCCGACUCUUGCCAUCUUGGCUGCCUCCGGCCUCGUCACGUCUUAUGCAACUCGCAGCAACGCGCAGGGGCAUCCGGUCGACGCCGCGGCAGCUCUCAAGCAGAUCUGGCGCGCGCUUAACGUGCUCCCGCUGUGGCUGCGCGCAGUGGUGCUUACGCUGCAGCCCGUCCUCUCCAUGUACCUCAACACAAUCCAUGGCGUCGGGCAGGAACAGGCGCCUUACGAGCUUGGACAGAUAUACCGUUCGCAGCAGGCCGAGCUCGCCCGAAAUGCAAGCGCUACGCCGCUCGCUGAGCCCGCCGAGUUUGCACCUGGCCUCGGACGCAUCCACAACCUUGGCUUCCUCAUGCCAUGCCACUCGACGCCGUGGGCGACGCAUCUGCACGACCGCGAGCUCGUGGAGCGCAGCUGGUUCGUCCAGUGCCCGCCUCCUCCUGCAUCAUCCGGCAUGACGCCCGCGCAGCGCGCCACAAAGUACCGGGAUCAGAGCGACUUUUUCUACGACGACCCCAUCAAGUACCUCGUCGAGCGUCUGCCGUACAACGUGGACACUGCCUUCCCGCCUCCGCCUCCCGCAGCGACCGAGCGCGACAGGACGCACGCGUGGGACCUGGGAUGGCGUCACUCGUGGCCGAGCCACCUGGUGGUGUUCGAGAGCCUGCUCGGCGAAGGCACGCGCAAGCCCGGCCACACGCGCACGUUGCAAAACGUGCUCAGUUUGAAAGGAUACCGCGAGGUGGCGCGAUACUGGAACACGCCCAAGCACGAAGACCCAAGACGCGACGGAGACAUUGUCGUGCUGGAGUACAAGGGACCAAAGACUCGGCCCGUGCAGCCCAUCUAG